UUGCACCGACCCCAGCGAGUCCUCGCCUUACGCCAUUGUUUGAAACCCUAAACCCCCAAAAUCCCAAUCGGGAGAGAGCGCGCGAUUCUGCUGCAUCAGCUCAACCGAGGCCUAAGAGGAUGUCGUCGACGUUGCUGGAGGUGACGCGCGCGGCCCACGAGGAGGUGGAGCGGCUCGAGCGUCUCAUCGUCAAAGAUCUCCAGAACGAGCCGCCGAGCAACAAGGACCGGCUCUUCCAGAGCCACCGCGUUGGCCACAUGAUCGACACUAUCGUCGCCACCACAGAGAAACUCAUUGAGGUAUACGAAGAUAAGGACAAUGCUAGGAAAGAUGAGAUUGCGGCUUUGGGAGGCCAGACUGCCACAGGAACGAACGUCUUUAGUGCUUUUUAUGAUAGGCUGAAAGAGAUACGUGAGUACCAUAGAAAGCACCCAGCUGCUCGUGUUGUCGAUGCCAAUGAGGAGUAUGAGGAGCUUCUGAAGGAGGAACCUCAAAUUGAGUUCAGUGGGGAGGAAGCUUUUGGCCGAUAUUUGGACAUGCAUGAAUUGUACCAUCAGUACAUCAACUGCAAAUUCGGAGAGCCCAUUGAGUACUCUGCUUAUCUUGAUGUUUUCUCUCAACCAGAGAGGAUUUCUAGGAAAUUGAAAUUAACAAGGCAGUAUAAAGAAUAUCUGGAAAACCUUCUGGAAUACCUUGUAUAUUUCUUUCAGCGAACAGAGCCUCUGCAAGAUCUGGAUAGGAUAUUUGCAAAGGUUGAGGGCGAUUUUGAAGAAGAAUGGGCAGAGAACAAAGUUGAAGGGUGGGAGAAUGGGGGUCAAGAAAAUGGACAUGGUGCACUGCAGAAUACGGUGAUUGACCUGGACUAUUAUAGCUCUAUAGAGGAACUGAUGGAAGUUGGUCCUGAGAAGUUGAAGGAGGCAUUGACAGCUUUAGGAUUAAAAUCAGGCGGCACAAUUCAGCAGCGUGCCGAGAGACUCUUCCUUACAAAGCAUACACUUCUUGAUAAGCUGGACAAAAAGCAUUUUGCAAAAGGUUCUCGUGGGUCAGAGCAGAAUGGUGUAGGUAUGGCUAUCCAACAGACGGACAAUGGGAAAGAUAUUGCUUUGAUGGGGGUUAAACUGAAAAAACUCUGCUCGCUGCUUGAGGAGGUAAUUACUCGAACAAAAGAAAAUGUUGAGAAAAAGCAGGCUCUGACAUACGAGGAAAUGGAAGCAGAACGUGAGGAGGAAGAGACACAAGCUGACACUGAAAGUGAUGAUGAUGAGCAACAGAUAUACAACCCCCUCAAAUUGCCAAUGGGUUGGGAUGGGAAACCUAUACCUUAUUGGCUCUAUAAGCUUCAUGGUCUUGGUCAGGAAUUCAAAUGCGAGAUAUGUGGCAACCACAGUUACUGGGGGCGGAGGGCUUUUGAGCGGCAUUUUAAGGAAUGGCGCCAUCAGCAUGGCAUGCGCUGUCUUGGUAUUCCAAAUACAAAGAACUUCAAUGAGAUUACAUCCAUCCAGGAAGCACAAGAACUCUGGGAGAGAAUACAGGAGAGGUCAGGAGUGAACAAGUGGCGCCCGGAUCUGGAGGAAGAAUACGAAGACAAGGAAGGCAACAUCUAUAACAAGAAGACUUAUGCCGAUCUUCAGCGCCAGGGUCUCAUUUAAGGCCACCCAUAUCCCAGUAGCCUUCCAGUUUCUAGUUUCUUGUAAUUGUAGAGGAUGGAAUAUGAUUCCCAUGUGGUUUGGAGGGACAGCUGCAACUAAACCAUAUUCGAAAAAUCCUUUGCUUUUAGUUUUUCGGGUUUUGAUAGCACUCGAGACCAUUUUUGUAUAAGGGGCUUUGCUCCUGUUCUAUUAUAAGUGCCACCGUGUAAUGCUAAACUUCCUUUAUCCCAUCUGCUUUAA